UCAACUAUCAGUUUCUUGUAUAAUCAUGUUUCAAUAACAAUUAUUAAACUAUUUCUAAUUGUUUCCAUUAUAAUCACUCAAUCAAAUCAAUCCUCAUCAAAAUCUUUGAAAUUAAAACCUCGUAUUUACAAAGGUACAGCAGCAAAAGAAAAUCAAUUCCCAUGGAUUUCUUAUUUAAGAGUUUUCCCUCCAGAAGAUGAUUAUUUCACCGAGUGUGGUGGUACCCUGAUCGAUGAGCGUCACUUACUCACAGCGGCUCAUUGUCUUUACAUUGACGCUGAAACUUUGGCUCAGCCCGCGGACAUUUACUCUCUGUUGAAUAUAACGGAGGAACCAUGGCCCAUGAGGAAUCCUAAUCCAACGGAAUUGUAUUACAUUCAUCCAGAAUUUAAUAUCUCCGCCGACUGGAUUAUGGCUCAUGAUUUAGCGAUAAUCAGAUUAUCUUCUCCUGUCACAAUUGAACCAAUUUGUAUUCACAAGGGUGACAAUUUAACCGAUAACCAGGAAUUGACUGCCGCUGGAUUUGGUACGAUUGAUGGUAGUGAUGAAGAUGAUAAUUAUUAUCUAAAUUAUGUUAAAGUUAAUUACCUUACACGGGAUGAAUGUGAAUCGGAGAGACAAAGUUUCGUUGAUCGACAAUUAACUAGUAAAAAAAUGGAUCCUAAUCAAGUUCCCGAAUUAUUGGAAACUCAGUUUUGUGCAAUUAAUCAGCAAACUCGAGGUGAUACUUGUCCUGGUGAUUCGGGUGGACCUUUGAUUUAUUCUGAUUCCUUAGGCGAUUCUCUUGUCGGUCUGGUUACUGGUUCAUGGACCAAGUGUGGUUCCCCUGAUGUACCCGGUAUCUACACUUGGGUAGCCAAAUAUUUAGAUUGGAUUAAAUCAAAAGGUGUAAAACCUUGUGAGAAAUAAUAAUCUUGAAAACGGAUAAGAGAUUAACCGAAAUGGAAAAUUAAUUUUUACAACUAUUAUUAUAACUUUUAUAUAUAACAUAAAAGGUUAAUUAAAUAGAUUGAGAAUAAAGAGAAUCAUUUUUAA